UCUCUCUCCCUCUCUUUCUCUCUCUCUAUAUAUUCAUAAACUGAUUCGCACAAACUUCGUUCAUUACACAACUCAUUCAAUGUCGAUGCUUAAGCUUUCUCUCCUCUGUUUCUUCUUCUUUCAAGCCGUGUAUUGCAUUAAUAAUUCUGGUUCCAUCGGAGUAAACUAUGGCAGAAUAGCUGAUAAUCUCCCAGACCCUUCCAAAGUGGUGGAGCUUCUCAAAUCCAACGGCAUUACCCGUGUCAAAAUCUUCGAUUCCGAUCAUUCUGUUCUCUCCGCUCUUGCUAACUCGGGGAUUAGCCUCACCCUAUCAAUGCCUAAUGGCCUCCUCUCCUCAGCUGCUAACGAUCAAUCAUUCACUGAUGCAUGGCUUAAGGCCAACAUUGUGCCCUUUCUUCCGAAGACGAUAAUCGAAGCCAUUGCGGUUGGGAAUGAAGUGUUUGUGGAUCCUCAGAACACUCCGCACCUCGUGCCUGCGAUGAAAAAUAUUUAUGCUUCUUUAAGUAAAUUUAAUUUGAGCUCUGUUAUCAAGGUGUCGUCCCCUGUGGCUCUUAGUGCACUUCAAAGUUCGUAUCCGCCAUCAGCUGGAUUGUUCAAGUCUGAUUUGAUUGAGCCUGUGAUCAAGCCUAUGCUUAGCUUUAUGCGACAGACAGGGUCGUAUUUUAUGGUGAAUUGUUACCCGUUUUUUGCUUAUGAGGCCAAUACGGAUACUAUCUCGUUAGACUAUGCUCUGCUUCGUCCGAAUCAAGGCGUGAAAGACUCUGGCAAUGGGAAGGUUUACAAGAGCCUGUUUGAAGCACAGCUCGACGCGGUUUUUGCAGCUCUUGAUGCCUUGAAGUUUGAUGAUGUUAAAGUUGUUGUGUCCGAGACUGGCUGGCCUUCUGCUGGUGGUGAUAAGGAAUUCGGUGCUGGACCCGACAAUGCAGCUUCGUACAACGGGAAUCUAGUGCGCAGGGUACUGACAGGAGGUGGUACUCCCUUGAGGCCUAAUGAAAAUCUCAACGUAUUUUUGUUUGCAUUGUUUAACGAAGAUCAAAAAAGUGGACCUGUCUCCGAAAGAAAUUAUGGCCUAUUUUAUCCGAACACUCACAAAGUUUACGACAUUCCAUUGACAUUAUCCGCGAUGAACGAUACGACGUCGAAUCCGACAAACGGAAGCAAAGCAGAGGCGCCAGCAGCAUCAGCUCCGGUAAACGGAGGAGAUUUGAGUCCAAGCACAAGGGGACGUACUUGGUGUGUAGCAAAUGUGCAGGCAGGGCAGGAGAAACUACAAAGUGGGCUGGAUUAUGCUUGUGGACAAGGCAGGGCUGAUUGUGGGCCGAUUCAGCCCGGUGCAACAUGUUUUGACCCGGAUACUCUUGAGGCCCAUGCUUCUUACGCGUUCAAUAGUUAUUAUCAGAAGAUGUCACGUGCUAGCGGCACGUGUGAUUUUGGCGGAGCUGCCUAUGUGGUGACUCAACUUCCUAAGGUGGGCAACUGCGAGUUUCCAACUACGAGAGGAUGAAAGAUGCUGCAGUUGAUUUAUUUAUUUAUUAUUUAGUGGAUAAAAUUGAAAGUAGAAAUUUGUUGAUUGUUAGGUGUUCUUUUGUAGGAGAUUUCUCCGCCCAUUUAUUAUACUUUCGUUUAUAUGUAAUAAAUAAAAUGUUUUGCAUCUAC